UGUUUGAAUGUAUUCUUUUUAAUAAAGAGCUAGGCUAUAUUUGUUGCGUGAGACCAAACAGUAAUUACAGAGGAGAAAGCCGAGUCCAGCCAGCUUCACGGGCUGAGCAAUGUUAGUGCGGCUGCCUGAGAGAAUCCAUCACAGAAACAAACCCUCCCACUCGGCGUGCCCCCGCUUCAGAUGCUACUCAAAAUACAUAAAGCCUCCAUGUUGCACAGGGAAUAUAGGGCCAGUGAGAUAUGAAGUGUUUGCCUAAACUUUAACGUUGAACAACCUGCGUUUGGUACAUGUUUUUGGACAAGAACACGCAUCCGACAGGGCUUCCUAGCGUGUUUUCAACGUUGUUCCAGACACGGCCUCACAUUUUUGGAUGAUCGGAGCUUCACAGCUAACUCGCUAAUCCAUGCUACUUGCUAACUUCAGCUAGUUAGCAAUUAAACGUCGGUUGUUUUGUUUUAUUUUGUUUUUGCCACACACGCUUUCGGUGUUGUUUGCAGCAAUGAUAUUUUGCGGAGAGCCAUAAAUGACAGCCAUUCACUGGCUUCCAUUCACCACCGUGCUAGCUGGCUGGCUACCACCGCUGCAACAACACUUCACCUCGGCUUUGUGGGCUGGCUGGUCAUCCUCAUCUUAAACAGCUAGCUGACGGUAGCUAGCAAACGGAGCAAGCGCGCUAGCACGAAUAACAUUGUGGGGAAACCAAAACAGGAAUAACCACCCGUCUAAAUGGACCACAUGUCCAUAAUAACCCAAGUUUCCAACCCGAAGGAGGAGGAAAUCAUAUCCUUUAACCAGGAAAAAGCGUCCCAGUCGAACAGCAGCCUAAAGAAGCAGAGGAGCCGGAGCAUCUUCAGCACAUUCUUCUGCUGCUUCCGCAACUACAAUGUGGAGCCGCCAGCCACCAACUCCAACACCAGCUCCCUGCCUCCACCUGUUGAGGAGAACGGAUCACCUCCCAAGUGUGACCAGGUCGAGGUUAUCCCUGUCCCUAGUCCACCAGCCAAAUACCUCCUACCAGAGAUGAUAAUAUCUGACUAUGGCAAAAAGUGUGUGGUGAUCGACUUGGAUGAAACGCUUGUCCACAGCUCGUUCAAGCCCAUCAGCAAUGCUGAUUUUAUUGUUCCAGUGGAGAUCGACGGUACUGUUCAUCAGGUGUAUGUGCUGAAACGACCCCAUGUGGAUGAGUUUCUUCAAAAGAUGGGAGAACUAUUUGAAUGUGUGCUCUUUACAGCCAGUCUUGCCAAGUAUGCAGACCCUGUGGCGGACCUGCUGGAUCAGUGGGGCGUGUUUCGAGCGAGACUCUUUAGAGAAUCCUGCGUUUUUCACAGAGGGAACUAUGUCAAAGACCUCAGCAGGCUGGGACGAGAACUCAGCAACGUCAUCAUUGUUGACAAUUCACCCGCCUCUUACAUUUUCCACCCAGAAAAUGCUGUCCCAGUCCAAUCCUGGUUUGACGAUAUGAAUGAUACAGAGCUCCUGGACCUGCUGCCUUUCUUCGAGGGACUCAGCAAAGAAGAAGAGGUUUACGGGGUCCUGCAGAAUCUCAGAGGCAGGUAGCAGGAUACACCAAAGCGCCCGUGCUCUCCAUCCUUGUCUCUGUCAGUCUCUGCCCCUUUCUACAACUGCAUCUCUCAGACUCAGGCAGAUCGUCCCACACGCGGCCCUCUUGUCUCUGCCCCAAGGGGACGUCUUGGAGUCUCACUGUGGAAACCUUCACGUGACCUGUCUCUGCUCUCAUCUGCUAGCGACUGGCUGCCUUCUGAGUGCCAUCAGAAAAUAAGAAACACUAAAUAUCCCAGGAGCACUGUGUUUCACAAAAAUCACACCAGAAAGUGUACAGAACGUCCUACGUUGAUACUAUUGGGGACAAAAUGCUAAGAGGAUUGAACUCUGGUCUUUAUUUUCAAACCAACGAAGUUUUACUAUUCAGUGAAGUUCUUGUUUUAAAAACAAAAAAAAACACAACUUUUUUUUUCCUGAAACUUCUUUUGUGGUACCACACAAAAGUCUGAAAAGAUUUUGUCCUCGUAUUUUUGCUAUGCAGGCAGUUUCUGGUAGUAGAAAGGACUGUGAUUCUCUUUUCUUACUGAAUGAAGUGCCUUGUGUGAAUGUUGUUUAUAUGGGGAGAUAUUUUGUACAUGGCAUAUUUCCAGAGUACUUAAUUCUUUUCACACACAAUAUGCUUUAAAGUGGACACAGAAGUAUUUGAGAUAAAAGUUUUACUUCAGUUUUUGUGAUCAUCAAACGCUGGGUAAAUGUCUCCAUGGUAUUCUUUCUUUUCCCCAGUAUGCCUGUGCCAUUAUAUAGAUGUGACCUUGUUUUAUUUCUGCUUUCAUUAUAUGUAGAAAUAGUUCAUUUGUUUUAGGAAAGGAGUACAUCUGCAAUUGUGAACCUUACGCCCCACCUGCAAGUACAGUAGUUCUUUGCGUUUGAUAGUUUGAUCAGAAAGCUUACAUAAAAUUGUGCCAUUUAUUUUUUUCUCCCCCCCCCACCUCCCCCCCCUCAUAUCUCAUUUUAUUAUUUGCCAAAUAAGGAAUUUCUUAACAGGCUUCAUAUCUUUAACAGGGGUUUAGUUAUAGCUGUUAAACCAUCAGUAGAAAGUAUAGCAUUAUAGGUUUUAUUCUUUUGACAAAUAGUGGUCAAAUACAUUUGUGUUUUUUUAAAUGUUAUGAGGUCCUUGUUUGUCAUGUCGUGCUUAUCAUAUGGCUAGCUUUUAGCCCAGGUUUUUGUCUUUUCUUUUUUUGUGUGUGGGGCACACAUAGUGGUGCAGCUUCACCCUUAGAGGAUGAUCUUUCUCCAGAAUUGUAAACAGUUGCAAAGGUAUCCCUUUUUUGUUGUUGUUGUUUCAAAUGGUCUGGGAUCUUACAGUAAAUGGGUCGAGUGCCAUGUUUUUUAUUUUUUUGUGAGGUUUAGUGUCUUUAGGGAAUAUAGGAUGGUGUCUGAUCGAAUCUGGACAGUGUUAAAAUCGCACCAUUCUCCCUGAUUUACAUACAGUGAUGACCUGGCCUCUCUGGCUGAAACCAGCGGAGACUAUGUGUGGCGUUUACCUUCCCAGGCUAUUUUUAACUGCUCUUCACCUCAGUGCCUACAUAUGAGAGGAGCCACGCAACCGAAUGCUGCAACAUUAGCUACCAUGGCAAUAACCUUUUUUUGGGGGGGAGGGGGAGGGUUCCAUCCCAAGUGUUUGAUUUGGUGUCUAAAGCACUUGACACGGCUAGCCAGUAGAGGUUCGGUUGAGGCUGGCCGGGUUAUCACGAUUAGUGUUCAUAAUAGAACCUUUUUAAACAUGUCUUUUUCACAUUAUUUGGUCUGGAAAAACCACACACAAUUUAGUCAUUUGAGGAUAAAAUUUUAAUUAUUAGAACUUAUUACAACUAAAUUUCCAAAGCGACCUCAUGUAGUAAACUACAUUGCCAAUAAUUAUCAGCUUUUGUUGUGGAACAACGUAAAAAAGGACACCUUCCAAACCUACAGAUGGGUGCUCAGUCCAGAACAGCCUCCAAAUGUUAGGGGCCAGCUCUAAGUGGAACACUACUGGGGCACUGCAAAAAAGGACUGCGAAGAACCUCAUCGUGGCAUUGAUGCCUUACUGCCUGUCGAGGCACAAAGCAAUGUUUCUUCAUUAAUUCCGAGGUUUCAUCUACACGUUUUAGCGUUGUCUCAUUAGUACUUUCCUAUGGAGUGUGAAAACAGCUCGGCCAGAUCAGGUCAUUUAAUGUUAUGAAACAAUGAAAUGAAGCAAUGAAGCAUGGAAAAAGCUCUGUAGUGCCAUCAAGGGAUUGUACACUCAAAAAAAACUAAUUUGCUUUAUUGCUUUGUUUUGUGUCAUAGUGUUAAAGACCUACACUACUUCAUGAUUUCCAACUUUUUUUUUUUUUUCAA